AUCAGACGGUUGAUGUUAUCUGGACGGUGACCCAUCUCUUUCUCUCUCUCUCUCUCUAUCUGUAAAACCAACGAAGAAAAAGCACCCCUUUUGAGGAAAAAUAUUUUUUUGUUUCUUAUUAUACACAUUGCAAUCGAAAAUUUCCCGUUUUCCUACCAAUUCUUUGUUGAAUUUUGUAGAAUUGCGUAUUGACGGAUCAUACCCAUCUGUCAAGAAUCGAAAGAUUUGAUAUUUCUUUCUCUUCUUUCGUCAUCUUCCGCUUUGUACAGUAGCAAUCAUAUCAUAUACAUUGCCCAAAUUUUGAUUUCUUUUUUGCCUUCCAAAUUCUUUUUGGGGGUUUUGGUUUCCCCUGUAUGAAUGGAAUCAGAUGGCAUUGAAAGUGUGACAUCUUUGGAUUUGAUGGACGAGGAUGAGAUCCAUGGCCGUCCUCACCACUUUGUUUCAGUUCCAAAACCUCACAACAAUAGCAUUAACAUUCCCGGCACCACCAGUGUCCAUGAACUUCUUGAAUGCCCUGUUUGCACCAAUUCAAUGUACCCUCCAAUCCAUCAGUGUCACAAUGGGCAUACCCUUUGCUCCACCUGUAAAACAAGGGUCCAUAACCGGUGCCCAACUUGUAGACAAGAGCUUGGUGACAUAAGGUGCCUAGCACUGGAAAAGGUUGCUGAAUCUCUUGAACUGCCUUGCAAGUACUGCUCUCUUGGUUGCCCAGAGAUCUUCCCCUAUUACAGUAAACUUAAACACGAGGCUGUCUGCAACUUCAGGCCAUACAACUGUCCAUAUGCUGGAUCCGAUUGCUCUGCUGUUGGGGAUAUUCCAUUCCUUGUUACUCAUCUACGGGAUGAUCACAAGGUGGACAUGCAUUCUGGAUGCACUUUUAACCAUCGCUAUGUCAAGUCUAAUCCUCGUGAAGUAGAAAAUGCCACGUGGAUGCUAACUGUCUUCCACUGUUUUGGUCAGUACUUUUGUCUCCAUUUUGAAGCAUUCCAGCUUGGUAUGGGUCCUGUUUACAUGGCAUUUCUCCGGUUCAUGGGUGAUGAAACAGAAGCUCGGAACUACACCUACAGCCUGGAGGUUGGAGGAAAUGGCCGAAAGCUCAUUUGGGAGGGCAACCCCAGAAGCAUAAGGGAUAGCCACAAGAAGGUUAGAGACAGCCAUGAUGGCCUCAUAAUACAGCGCAACAUGGCACUUUUCUUCUCUGGAGGGGAUAGGAAAGAGCUGAAGCUGCGAGUCACAGGACGGAUAUGGAAGGAACAGCAGAACCCAGAAGGGGCUAAAGUUUGUGAAGUACAACGUAUCAUUUGCGGUUUAAAUUGAGUGAUAAAGCAGUGGGGUCCUGGG